AUGAAACUCAUCGCUGCCCUUUCGUCGCUAUUCUUUAUGCCAGCUCUUGUCGCCGCAAUCAGCGUCAGCUCGGACGCAGUCUACGAUAAUGCCGGACAGUCCCUUGCGUCUGUCGCCUGCUCAGAUGGAUCCUUUGGAAUGUUAACCAGAGGUUUUACCACAUUCAACUCGUUGCCCAAAUUCCCUCAUAUUGGUGGUGCACCAUCCAUCAAAGGGUACAAUUCACCCGAUUGUGGGUCAUGCUGGAACCUCACGUACACCAACGCUGCUGGCAUUCCAAAAACCAUCAGCAUCUUGGCCAUCGAUCUCGCUACGCCAGACUUCAACAUCGCGCAGUCUGCUUUCAGCGAAUUGACUGGGGGAAACGUGGCCAGUGGACGAGUCCCGAUUGUAGCCGUUAAAGUUGCACCUUCAGUUUGUGGAUUGGUCUCGGCUGCACCUUCUUCAACCACUUCGUCGACGGUCUCUCCACUCACCGGGAUUGACUGGAAUCUAUUCAACGAUGAUGAAAUUAUGUCGGAUCCAUCUCCCAUCGACUUUGCGUCUGCCCAAAUAUGUCAAGCUACUCUGGAUUUUCUAAAUUCUAAUGACGAGAGUGAUGGAUCUGAUGAUGGUGGUGGCAGUCCUCCGCUUUCUGAGAGUAGCGAUGAGCAAGCCAAUUCAGACACUGAACAAGUUGAUAAUGAAUCUUUGCCCCGAAAACGUAUGCGCGGUAUUCACACCGACCCGGCUGAAGCUCGAAAAUGGUAUCCGUGGAUUGAUAAAAUUCUGGAUUUAUUUCUCUGGCUACUGCGUAUCAAUGGCGUCAACGAUGUGCCUAGCAUUAAGGCUAUGCAAGGCAUUAACAAGGCAUUGCAGAAUUUGUGUGGAAUUGAGACGAAGGAGUACAAGGGCAAGCUGGGCAAUGUAUACUUUGUAAAUUCUCUGUCUCAAAUUCUCGCCCAGGAAAUGUCUAAUCCUCAAGUCCGACCGUUCCUUCACUUCUAUCCUGAAGAUACGGGCAAAUCGAUUAGCGAAACCUAUCAAGCUUCGGGUUGGCUGCGUGAAAUCAAUCCUGAGGAUGGUACUCCAAUGAUACGGCUCAAUAAUAAUGAUUUUUUCAUCUUUGAACCAACUAUGCUGAUUGAUGGACGUUGCUGCAUUCCUAUUCGAUGGUUUCUCCGAGAAGGUGUAUUUUAUGCCAAAGCCUGGCUUAUGGAAGAUACUCCUAGUGGUUGGGUUGUGUCCGAAGAUCGCGAAAUCGAAAUCACGCAAAGCCAAUUGCUAAAGAAUUUUAUUCAGUUGUCAAAGGAUCACUUGUUGUAUAACUUGUCACACCCUUCACGAAUAUUUGGUGUGCGAUCCAAUUCGGGGCCUGGGCUGUCAAAAUGGACACGUACAGAUCCUACUAUUGGCAAUCGUUGGCGUGUAUUAGCAAAGGGACACCGAGUCUAUUCUCUGCCACUAUGGAUGUACUGUGACGAUACGUCGGGAAACCAGUCCAAGAAGUGGAAUAAGCACAACAGCUACCUAUUUAUUCUAGCUGGUCUUCCUCGCGAAAAGAGUUCACAAGAAUACAAUAUCCAUUUUCUGUGCACUUCAAAUAUUGCGCCACCUCUAGAAAUGCUUGAUGGUGUGGUUGAUCAACUUCAAUUGGCUCAAAAACAUGGUAUUUGGGUAUGGGACUGUAUACACAAAGAGGCCGUUAUGAUUUUUCCACCUGUAUUUGCACUUCUGGGUGACAACCCUAUGCAUAGCGAGUUUGCUUGUCAUAUUGGAAUGCAAGGGAAAUAUUUUUGCCGGAUUUGCUGGGCCAAAGGAGUCGACAGUCAAGAAUGCCCACACAAAAAUCUUCCACAUGACAGUUGUGCUCGACCCAACUCUCCUACCCUUUCAAUCCAUAGUGAUGUUGAUUCUGAAGAUACCUUCACACGGCCUUCUCACAAACGGCGGAGGUACAAGGAGUCUAUGGAGUCAAUGCUUCGAAGGAUUGGCAAACCGCGUCGCAAGAAAGAGACUAUGGCUACUCUUGACUCUUUUUUGGAGCAAGCUAAGAUGAUUGGCACAAAAUCAAAACUUAGAGCUGCAAAAACGGAAACUGGCAUCAAGGAUGUUUUCCAGGACUUCUUUAUUGAAAAGCUUUUCAAAUCUUAUAAGGGAAAAGUUUCUACUCAGGCAAAGGAAGAAGCUCUUAAAGCGGCUGUCGAUAAGCUUCCUGGAGACAUCAAAAGUCCCGUAUGGAAACUUGGCUUGGAUCCUCAUCAGGACACUCCCGUCGAAAUUCUGCAUGUUGUAUUGCUGGGUUUCGUUAAAUAUUUUUGGAGAGACCUAGUUCAAAAUCAGGUUACUCCUGCUAAAAAGCAAACUUUGAUUAUUCGUUUAAACAGCCUCAGUGUGGCAGGUCUAGGUGUACCCACAUUAAAUGGCUCCACACUAGUGAACUAUGCCGGGUCACUAACUGGUCGCGAUUUCCGAAUUAUUGCUCAAGUAGCGCCAUUUGUCAUCUACGACAUGGUUUCUCAGGAGGUUUAUGAUGCAUGGGUGUCCCUAUCUACGUUAGUUCCGGUUAUUUGGCAGCCAGCAAUCUCUAACAUUGAUGAGUACCUGCCCAGAUUAGAGGCCGACAUCAAAUACUUUUUGUUGAAAACGGCAACAUGGACCUGCGCGUGGUUUAACAAAACCAAAUUUCACAUUAUUCUUCAUCUUCCAGAACAUGUCCGUCGGUUUGGGCCAGCAAUAUUGUUUGCCACGGAAUCGUUUGAGUCAUUCAAUGCUAUUAUCCGUGCAAAAAGCAUUCACAGUAAUCACCAAGCACCUUCACAUGAUAUUGCCCGUGGCUUUGCGCAAGGCAAUCGGAUUCGCCAUCUUCUUAGUGGUGGUUUUUUUCUUCCACAAGAGCUUUAUCAGUCUUGGAAAAAGGAUCCAACAAAUGUGGCUAAUUCAGAGUGGCGCACUGCUGGACCUGGAGGUCUUCACCUUAUUGAUGCUCCAGACUCAACACCAGCUAGCUAUUUGGGACUGCAGAAACCUGCUGCCAGUAAGGCUGGUUCAUGCAAAUCUAAUGGCACAGAUCCUCAACCAUUUCAUCGCACAUUAUGUGGCCAAAAGCUUCCCAACAUUGUGCUCAAUACUGCAGCCAGCCAACAACUGUAUGUAACCAAUUCCCAGGUCUAUCUGAGAAACGAGGAUCUAUGCACCAUAGGACAGUUUGUCAUUGCCCAAAUUCAUCCAUCCCAGCCGCCUCUGAUAGGGUGUGUUCGAGAGAUCUUGCAGCAGGUUGGCUCUCCAAACCAUCUUCAAAACCGGCCCGAUGGUAUUCUUAUUCAAACAGCUUUACACCAACCGCCGUCGCACAUAUUGCCUGCUGGACAACUGCAGCCAGUUUUUAUGCCCCGUCUGAUUCUUCAGCAGGAGUGGUCCUUCAUUCCGUGGAGUUGCCUUCUUUGCACCGUAAAUACUCAACAUGACUGUCAACGUCAUGGAUGCCAGGCAAAUGGGCUACAAUACAUCUAUCAAGAGCGAAUACAAACUGAUCAGACUAAGGCAACGAUACUGCAUCAAAACUCAUUGGAUGAUAUGCUCCUCCUCAAUAUGUGUCAAAUGCGCGAUGCUGCUCAUCUCCAAAGUUUUCGCCUCCACUCUGCCCCGUUAAACGAAGAUGCUAUAAUUCAAAGAAGUGUGGCUCAAGCCAUUGUUCAACGGAAGGCAGGAGAAGCCUCCCAAUCAAGUACUUCCAAACCAACCAAAACACCAACAGCCGCCUUGAGACAACAUGCCCAGAGCCCCUUGGGCACCCCUACUCUAGCAGCCACACCUUCUGGGGGUGUCAGUUUGCCUCAACAUGCUUCAGCAGGAACAUCUUCUGGAGGUGUUAGUUCACCUCGACGUAGCAGGCAAGCAUCUGUGGUAUAUCCAGGUCAAAUAACAUUGGACUUUCGAUAG